GAUAUAUAGUGUGAAAAGUCUCUCAAAAUGUAUUUAAUAUUAUUUAAAUUACUAUUAUUUUAUGCGGUUUAUUGCGCAUCAGGAUUCACGGUGAACAAUGACGAGGAUAUACCAGAUUUAAAAUGGAGCUCUACUUAUAGCCUUGAAGGUGAAAGAUGGUCUCUGACUGGUGGCUGGAUAGAAGAUUUUAAAUUUUGGCGUACGAGCAAGAAAUCUCGUGCUGACUUCAAUAAUGGAGCCGUAAAAUUAUUCAACUUUAGAGGAAAACGAAGGACUGCUUAUAAAUAUGGCGUCGAAUUUACCGUUUACCCUAUAACAACGGAAAAGGCAGAAAAUGAAUUAAAUUGCACGAAAAGAGAAGGAGAUCUUCUUCACAGAAUUUCCCUGUAUAAAGUCCUUCCUGAUGCAUCUGAUUUUGAUUACGUGGGUAAAGAGAAUACGCAAGAACCAAACGUACAUAAAUUUGUACAUGAAAGUGACGAUGAAAGCGAAGAUUAUAAAAGGAUAUUGAUUGCUAAAUUGAGUGAAAAUAAAACAUGGAUUCCUAUCAAGUUAGAAGAAAUUAAAUUUAACGCGUGGUUAGGAAGCCUGAGUGAACAUGUAGUGUGGCAUUUCUACAACUUCAAAACUACUGCAGUUGAUGACAAGGUUUUCAGUGUGAACGAAUAUCCCUGUGAGAGCCAUAAAAAACUGUCAAAUAUAAAGGAUGUUAAAGUAACAAGAGAUUCGUUAGUAAGUCACACAAACCAUGAGGAGCACGUUGAGCGUAUAUUUAAGAGUUUUACGCAAAAACAUAAAAAAGCUUACAAAGAUGAAAAUGAACGCGAAAUCAGGAAGGCUAUUUUUCACAAUAACAUGAGGCGCAUCAUAGCUAACAAUAACAAUAACAGUGGAUUUAAACUUGGUGUUACCAAAUUUGCUGACCGUACCCCGGAAGAAAUGAAAAGAAUGAAAGGACUAUUGAAACGAAAACAAGGUGAAGUCGGGACGGUACCAUUCGCAUAUUCACCUAACCAGAUUAAGGAGAUAUCUCAAAGUUUACCGGAGGAAUUUGAUCAUAGAUUAUAUGGCAGGAUAACACCAGUUAAAGAACAAGAAGAUUGCGGUUCCUGUUGGACCUUCGGGACCACUGCAGCUGUGGAAGGUGUACUCGCAAGUAUUAAUGGCGGAAGGCUCAUCAGGCUGAGCAAUCAAGCUCUUAUUGACUGCGCUUGGGAAUUCGGCGCGGAAGGGUGCGAUGGGGGAACAGACACUGCUGCUUAUCAAUGGAUGAUGAAGUACGGUCUACCCACUGAAGAAGAAUAUGGUCCCUAUGAGAACAAGGAUGGUUUCUGUCGUAUCAGCAAUAUGACUAAUUUGUACACCAUACGCGGUUUCGUUGACGUUACACCAUUCAGCGUGGAAGCUCUCAAAGUGGCGCUAGUUUAUCAUGGUCCUCUCUCAGUAUCAAUAGACGCUACAGGUCUACUGAGCCUUUACACUGGCGGUAUAUAUUACGAUACUUAUUGUACCACCUCAGACCUGAACCACGAGGUAACUCUAGUUGGCUACGGCGUGAACGAAGGGGAAGAAUACUGGAUCGUCAAGAACUCCUGGGGUCCAGACUGGGGCAUUGAUGGUUACUUCCACAUUUCCACAAGGGACAAUAGCUGUGGUAUCACCACUGAACCCACUUAUGUUGUGUUUUAAUACGAAUAAUUGCUACUCUAAUCUAAUUUUUAUAUAGCAUAAUAUGUUUCAGUUUCUAUUUAAUAUACAUAUAUAUUUUCUUGAUGUCUGCUAGAAAAAUUUGCUUGGGUUCGAUGCUCGUUUUAUGUGCCAUGAAUAAGUUUUUUGAGCUAUAAUAUCACAAAUUAAAAAGACACCGGAAGCUGUAUAAAAAUUAGAUUAAGUAUACUUCUAUUUUUCUUGAUAAAGGAUUGAUAUUGUUAAUGGUAAACGAGUUUUAAGUAUUAAUUUAGUAUUCUAGAAAGCAAGAUUGCACGUGUAUUAUAAGUUUUAUUUACGCUUAAAAUAAUAAAUAAAAAUGAUCAAAGCAUA